CGGCACAAACACUACCCAGUCCCAGUGUAGUCUCUACUUUUCACAGUGCCACCCAAAAACAGAAAUAUCUCCGUGGAUUAAUAUUCACCUCCCUACUACAUUUCCUCCUAAUUUCCCUCUCAUUUCCUCUCCUUUCAAAAACCCCCCCGCGCCAGAGCGAAACAAAGGAAGAGGAAGAGAAUUCCCGCUUCUGUUUUUUCCCUUUUCCUUUUCCUUUCCGACCCGAAACCCUAGUCAGUUGCCCGAGAGAGAGGAAAAGAAAAGAAAAUGCCGAGGGAGAUCAUCACGCUUCAGGUCGGACAAUGCGGGAACCAGAUCGGGAUGGAGUUCUGGAAGCAGCUCUGCCUGGAGCACGGGAUCAGCAAGGACGGCAUUCUCGAAGAUUUCGCUACUCAGGGAGGUGACAGGAAAGAUGUAUUUUUCUAUCAAGCUGAUGAUCAACACUACAUCCCACGAGCUUUGCUGAUUGACCUGGAGCCCAGAGUGAUUAACGGCAUCCAAAAUAGUGAAUACCGAAAUCUCUACAACCACGAGAACAUCUUUGUUUCAGAUCACGGAGGAGGUGCAGGAAAUAAUUGGGCCAGUGGUUAUCAUCAGGGGAAGGGUGUUGAAGAGGAUAUAAUGGACAUGAUUGAUAGAGAAGCAGAUGGGAGUGAUAGUCUUGAGGGUUUUGUUUUAUGCCAUUCUAUUGCUGGAGGAACAGGCUCAGGUAUGGGCUCAUAUCUAUUGGAAACUCUAAAUGAUCGGUACAGCAAAAAACUGGUCCAGACGUAUAGUGUAUUUCCUAAUCAGAUGGAGACAAGUGAUGUGGUGGUCCAGCCCUACAACUCGCUUUUAACGCUCAAGCGAUUGACAUUAAAUGCUGAUUGUGUUGUUGUUCUUGAUAACACUGCAUUGAAUAGAAUUGCUGUGGAACGUCUCCAUCUAUCAAAUCCUACAUUUGCUCAGACUAAUUCUUUGGUUUCCACUGUAAUGUCUGCCAGCACAACCACUCUGCGAUAUCCAGGGUACAUGAACAAUGACUUGGUUGGCCUUCUUGCUUCUUUAAUUCCAACUCCAAGAUGCCAUUUUCUAAUGACAGGAUAUACACCACUCACAGUGGAGCGCCAGGCUAAUGUGAUUCGUAAAACCACUGUACUUGAUGUUAUGCGAAGACUUCUGCAGACAAAGAAUAUCAUGGUUUCCUCAUAUGCUCGAACAAAAGAGGCUAGUCAAGCAAAGUAUAUAUCGAUAUUGAAUAUCAUUCAAGGGGAAGUGGACCCUACUCAGGUUCACGAAAGUUUGCAGAGGAUACGGGAAAGAAAGCUUGUUAACUUUAUUGAAUGGGGCCCUGCAAGCAUUCAGGUUGCUCUGUCUAGAAAGUCUCCAUAUGUUCAAACUGCUCAUAGGGUCAGUGGUCUUAUGCUAGCAAGCCAUACUAGUAUCCGGCACCUUUUCAGCAAGUGUUUGAGUCAGUAUGAGAAGUUGAGAAAGAAGCAAGCAUUUCUUGACAACUACCGGAAGUUCCCAAUGUUCGCUGACAAUGACCUUUCAGAAUUUGACGAAUCAAGAGAUAUAAUUGAGAGUUUAGUUGACGAAUACAAGGCCUGUGAGUCCCCAGAUUACAUUAAAUGGGGAAUGGAGGAUCCAGACCACGUUCUAACAGGAGAAGGAAAUGCCAGUGGAACAGUGGAUCCAAAAUUAGCAGUGUGAACACACGAAGCUAUCUUCUAGAGUUCCUAAUUUCUGGGUUUUUGUUAUGGUGGUGUGACUGUAGAACGUGGGGAGAGAUUGUUAAGUUGAAUACUUGUAUAUUAACCUCUUCCUACUUUCUGUAACAUCUAAUCGGUUUGUAUUGCGAUGAUUUCUUGGGUGUCAUUUUCUCUAUUAUUCAACUUGUCAUUUAAAUCUGAGAUUACAGAAUCUAACUAUAUUGAGUCUGCCAGACUAAUCAUGUUGGUUCCUGGAAUCUAGGGAAUCGAGGGAAUUGCCAGAUUUCUGGCCUGAUUCUUCUGGGUGUUAGGUAUAUGAUUUGAUUUCUUUGGGUGGAAAA